AUUCCUCCACAACUAACAAAUCGAAGGGGAAACGGUUUUCCAUUAUUCACCAGAAAAUAAAAUCAAAUUCGUGUAUUCUCAACUUGAUUUCUCGAAACUCCAUUCUCACUUCGAGCUUGAUUUCACGAAAAGUUUCAGGUACUCAGGGCAAACCAAUUCACCUCUCUCUGUUGAUUUCACGAAGCAGUUCCAGAUGAAGUUCCUGGAUUGGUACGUGAAGAUUGCAGUGGGUUCUGCCAUGAUUGGAGCUUCCAUGGAGUUUUUCAUGAUUAAAACUGGCUUCUAUGACAAGGUAACAGUUCUGGAGUCUGAAAAGCGAGCAUGGGAGAAUUCGCCUGAAGCUCAGGCUGCUAGAGAGGCUCUAAAUCCUUGGAGACAUAUUGAUGCCAAAGAAAAUAAAGAUCAAUAGCUUGUUUGUAGACGCAUUUGAUUUUCACAUUUUGGUGUUACAUGUAAUUUUAGAGGGAGUGUGUAUUGUACGGGUUAUUUUUUUGACGUCUCAAUCAUGAGAAUUGCAGUAACUUAUUUUAAGUUGAGAAAUAAAAAAAUAUAAAUAAAACAUUCAGAAAAUUUGUAACA